AAAAAGGUGGAAUACCUAAUCAAGAAAACUCCAAUAACCGUCAUUAUCACCAGAAAUACUCUGAAUAAUUACAGGUUGUUCCGUUGUGGAAUUACUUUUAUUCCUGUAAUUUCGGGAGAUAUAAUUCGACAAUAACAAAAGUAUUCUGUUGGAUAGCUGGUACGUCAACAGUAGAGAGGUACAAAUGGAAAGCACACGUUUCCUGCAGAAGUUCACACACCACGUCCACUAUGACAAACCAUCCAACUCUCUACCACUUCUCACCAUAGCAAUACCAUUCAUCAUUCUAAUAUCGAACCUCUUCAUGGUGGUACUAUACGAGCAAAAUAACACUGAAAAACGUCUCAAAGCCGUAGCUGAGAUUUACAUCGUGACAUGCUGUCUUACCUGUAUAAUACUGCGAGCUUUUAGGCCAGAGGAAGCUACUCAGAAAAUAAUUGAUAUGAUUGGAGGAGAGCUCCUGGAGGAUUGCCGGAUACUAUUCGUGUCUGACCGGAAGAGAAGGUGGGGCAAAAUCUAUUCCAACUACGAAAAGAAACGUAAGGAUAUGGAUAGGUUGUACCAGAAUAUAAAAACUGCUACAUCAGGACUGUAUUUUGCUUACAUAGGCAGAAACGCGUUCAAUCAACUAUUUGAAGAAAAAAGUAACUCUGAAAAAUCUUGGCCCACUCUUUACAACUACUGGUGUCCACCAGGUUACGACUCUUUCUAUGUUUUCCUGAUGCUAGAAAUGUUACACAUCUAUGUUUUUUCGUUUUCUCUCUCGGAAGCAUUUUGUUUUAUGUUGUCGACUUGUCUGGCUACAGAAAGAGUGCUUGCCGAUUUUGAAACCAUUUAUCUGCUAAUUGAUGAAAUGUCAGAGAAUUUUGGGGAGCGAAAUUUUGACCUGAGUGCGGAGAAAAGGUUGGAUUUGAGGAAUUAUAUGGCACUCCUGGUUCAGUGUCAUCAGAAGCUCAACAGAAACUUCAAGUAUUGUGCUGAUUACACGGCUUUUGGCACUCUUGCUAUAACUUUUCCCAUAAGUGUUGACACUGUCAUAAGUAUCUACACAAUGAUGAAGGCUAGUAAUGUGAAAAUUAUGGCAAACUAUGCUGUUGCUUGUGUAUUUGUAAACUUAAUCAUACUAUUCUGUUAUCAUAAUGGACAGAAAAUAGUUAACCAGAACGAUAUUUUGCGCCAGUAUCUGAGAGAAGUGCCCUGGAUAGACAAACCACAAUGGUUCAAAUCGUCGCUGUGCAUAAUGAUGAGACGAGCCAACAUUGACACUGAGAUGAAACCCUAUGGUCUUUUUGUUCUCAACCACGAGUCAUUCAAAAAUAUUAUAAAGGCAGCAUUUUCCUAUGGAAAUAUAAUUUAUUCUGUGAAAUCGAGCGAUUAAUAAUGGGAUACAAGCAAAUAAGAAAUAAGAGACGUAAGAUAUGGUAUAGGCCUAAUAAGAUUAUAAGUUACUUUUGGUAUUUUAUUGUUUCCUGCAACUUUCUAACGUAAAUAUAAUCAAUUAAUUUAAUCCUAAAUUGAAAACAAAUUCAAUGCUUGAUUUAUGUAUCUCUAAUUGAGUUAUUGAAUAUUGUGAUGAAUAAACAAAUAACCUACCUAAACGAUUUUCAUAUUGCAGUUUUGAGAACAUGAAGAACAUAGUGUUGCAGUAAUUCAAAAUAAUAGAAAUAAUCAUCUUUUGAAUAAGAGUACUAGGACUAUUUGUCUGCGAUAGUUCAAAAUUUUUCACUCCUAUAAAACUUUUGGUUUCAUAUACAGUUAGUAGUCUUGAAAAAAGUAACAAUGCUUCCCAUAAAAACAAUGCUGACAGUUUUAAGUGAAUCUCACUCUACCUUCUCAUGAAGUACCGUAACAGAGACUUAGAAAAUAGCGUAGUCUUUGAAAAAAUAUUCUUGCUCUUGACUAUUAUUGAUAGGAAUUCAAUAUACAAAGAUGGUGAAAACUAUGAAAACAGCUCAAUAUUUCUUUCACUUUCUUUGUAUGUUCACCCUUUGAGAUGAAUCAAGAUUCAGAAAGUAAUGGAUCAGAUAGAGCGCUAAAUUGGGUUACGCAAUAUCAGAUCAUCCAAAGAAAUCUAUUAGUAUUAGUAAACUAUGACUGUAUAUACUUUGCAAUAGUGGUUUAGUACUCAGACAAGAAUAAAAUCCUUUGUUACACAAUAAACAGGGUAUUUGUAUGAAAAUGUAAAAUCAAAGUAUACAGUAAAUCACUCACUUGAAAAUGGCAUUAAUAUGUCGAGAGAAGUCGUGAGUA